UCCACCACCAACUGGACGCGCAGACGUUUGAGCUUAAAAAAUAUACUUGAAUUAUGGGAGCCGUGCGAUAUAUUCCGUUUAUUUUACUUUUUAUUAAUGCUUUAUUAUUUACUGCAGGCAACACAUCAGUUCAAGAAGGUGGAGAUGUGGAUUUACACCCCUUCAUUAAAGUUGGUAGCAAGUAUUAUUUAGUGGCUCAGGACUUAAAGCUGGAUUGGUUCGGAGCUGCUCAUUUUUGUCGUUCUUACGACAGUGAUUUGCUAACGAUUGAAUCGCUGGCUGAAAAGAAUGCUUUAUUUGUGCACCUGUCGCCGCUGUUCAAAAUUGGUCAAAUGCGUGUUUGGACCAGUAGCAACGAUUUGUCGGUGGAAGGCACCUUCAUGUCGCUGAAUAGUGGACGUCCAAUGCUUUAUGCAUUCUGGGGACAGAACGAACCGAACAAUGCGGGAAAUGGGGAAGAUUGUGUAGAAGUCGUGCUACGCAAUGAUCUUUAUAUGAUGAACGAUAAUAAUUGUUCAACACAAAUGCAAAUUAUUUGCGAAAAGCGUUCACCAUUAAAUGCUCGUAAUUCCGCCACAAAAUCAAACUGUGAGAAUGUAACUGAGAAUUGUGGUUUAAAAAAACUCGUGGAAGUAUUUCUACAAUCUGCAAAUGUCUUAAACUGCAGAGCAUAAUAAUAUGUAAAUAAACAGCUUUGUAUUUUAUUUCGAAGAUAUAGUGAGCUUGUUUUGUGUCCUGAUGUGAUUUUGAUUGUUAAAAUAAAGAGUUAUAAUAGUAUAAUUCCGAAAAUCUGUUGACCUGUAUGAAAAGAGAUGAGCUCGUUGUGAUAGAAAACAAAAUAUAUUCCGCUCUUUGAGUAAGGCUGUAUGGAAUUUUCAUAGAUUUUUGAUUACAUACCAUCUAUGAAAGUUCUAUAAAGCCUUACUUAAAAAACCGAAUAUCUCGAGAAGUAUUAAUGAUAGCGAUUAUAUAUACCUUUUUUGUAGCAAAUAAAAUUUCCUACAAUUUUGUCAUG